AUGGACCUGACACUGCGAGAUGCUCUGGGUGGGGGUGGAGGUGGGGUCCCAGGCGGGGCCCCUGCCGAUGCCUUGCUAAAGAGAGACUUCAUGGCCUCACUGGAGAAAGAGAGCUAUGAUGACAAAGUGGCAGAGACAGUCUCCAAGAGUGACUACCGACCUUUACUGGAUGGAAAGGACACCAAGAGCGGUCCGGGGAUGAUGUCACCAAUGAUGUCAUCAGGUGGAUACCAAGACCCACCUGGGCAGCCUCCCUUCAGCACUGGCAGCAUGUCUGGCUUCUCUCAGUCUGGGAUGGGAGGGAUGAUGGGGUCCAGCCUGCCACCGUUCCAGACCAGCAUGAGCUCCACUUAUGGCAUGCCUGGGAUCGGUUCGGCUAUGGACAGCCAGAAAGGUUCCGGCCUGUUCGGAGUGGAAAGCAAAACCACCAGUAAUACCAGUGGAAGCAGUCCGUUUAAGACCAGUGAUCCAUUUUCUUCUGGAGGCCCAGGAAUCCACACUAUGGAUUUUUCUGCAGCUCCUGUCCUCUCUCCCGGCGGCUUAAUAGAGGAUGACAUCAGUACCACGUCCUCCAACUCCGAGGAAAGCCCAGAGAGAGCAGGGCCGGGGGACAAGGAUGGCAAGCAGCAGCAGAGACGGCGCAAGAAGAGGAGAAAGGGCCGGGACGAGGUCUACGACUUCCUGGAUAGCCAGGAGAAGAACAUCGGCCAAUCAGACAAGCAUGGGAUUCAGGAUAAGGACGGAAAUGAGGCAGAGGAUAACGAAGAUGAGGAGGAGAACUGGGAGUGGGAGAUCAGAGAGAGUGGAGGAGGGGGCAGGGUAAAAGGCAAGAAGAAUAAGAGUAGGGCAAGACUUCCAGAGGAGUGGGGAGCGCCCCAGCAGCACGUCCCCCCCACACCGGCUACAACCGCUCCCUCUGGUGCAUCUGACUUCAAAGCUCCGAACUUGAACCCCAGCCCUGCUCUGCCCUCUGCCUGCGUACAAAUACCCACAAAUUUCACGAAUCAAUCCCAUGCAAGCCUUGUAACAGAUUCAUCACCACGCUCGUACGAGCCCAUGUGUUUAGACGAUUUCCCUAUGUCUGCAAAAGACGUGCAAAAGGCAAAUGAAGAGAAAGUUCCCACUGGAAAACCUGAAACUAAUAUUAGCACAGCAGCUGGUGCAAUAACUGCCAAGAGCAGUUUGGCUGGCGAUGCUAGCCGUAGUCUAGCGUUAUUGACAGGGGACAACCUGAGCCCAGUUUCGCAGACCUUCUCUUUCCUUGAUUCAGUCCUCCAGACCCCUCAAGCCUCAACACCUGACUCACAAACUACCACCCCCAUCACCAACACCCCCACCCCUGCUUCGGCCCCCCUGACAAAGUCCGCCCCAAAAGAAACUUCCGUCCCUGCCUCAGUCGCAUCGUCGCUCAACGUUGACGCCAAACCUUUCGUCCCUGGAGCCCCCUCAGCCACGCCCCUUACUCCAGCUCUACCCUCCUCGGGCCCUCCUACUCCAUCACCAGACACUCUGCCCACAAGCGUAGCCACACGUCCUUGCUCGGCCACACUCCCUCCCCCCUUCACCCCCGCAGCCCCUCCCUCUCUCCCUGCACACUCAGAGCACGAGAAGUCCUCAUCGCCACAGCUCUCCCCAAUGGAAGUGAAAUCUGACAACAAGGACAAGCAGCCGAAGAUGGACAUCAUGUCCACGAAGACAGAGAAGACUGAAGCUUCAGACAAGAAAGAGAAAGAGGAGCAGCAGAAGAAAGACAAUGUGCCGGACAAGAACCAGAAGUCUGAGAAGAUUCUCAAAGACGAGGAAAAGACGGAGAAGAUGAAUGUGGAGAAGAACAAGGCCAACGAGAAGGCAGAGAAGGUGGACAAGCCAGAGAAGACCAACAAAGAUGAGAAGAAGGAAGAGGAGAAGAAGCUAGCUGAGAAGAAGGAGGAGAAGGGAGGGAAGGGCACAGCCAAGUCCCCAAAUAGCAACGGCAACAAGACCUUGCCAAGCUCAGACAGCAAGAGCAAGCCUGACAUGGGUGCAACCAAACCAAACUCCACCAAACCCCGUCCAUCCACCCUCUCCACCAAUGGCGAGGCCACCUCGACCAAACACCUCUCCCACACCCCAACCUCAGCUAAUAAAAAAAGCCCUGUAACCAGGGCGACCACACCUAACGCUGCCAAGCGGCCGCCUACUUCUGCCAAGACUCCGGACAAUGGUACGGCUGAGAAACGCCCACCUGUUCCAAAGGCCACAACCACACCACGUGCAGCUGCCAAUAAGAAUGGCUCCUCUGCGACCCCUGCGAGCAAAGCUGCUGUCAACAAGAAUGAAAAGGCUGAGAGCAAGACGGGAGAGGCCAAGAAACCCAAGACUACAGCCCGUCCUCGCCCAGCCUCCAACACCACUCCUGCUACUCCGGCUGCUUCCAUCAACGGUGACGCCACUCACCGCCGCCGGGUCCUCACCAAACCCCCUGUGCCCAAGCAGGUCCCAAUGGAGAAGAAGCCGCCAGUGCCCCGUGCUAAUCGAACCCCUCGGCCUCUCAAUGCACCUGACCUGAAGAACGUCCGCUCCAAGAUUGGAUCCAUCGACAACAUCAAGUACCAGCCCGGUGGAGGAAAGGUCUCCUCCACCCAGAACAACAAGACAUCAGAUCCCUCGACCCCUGCUGCCAAGGCCAGAGUUCAGAUAGUGCACAAAAAGUUGGACUUCAGCCAUGUCACGUCUCGCUGUGGCUCCAAGGACAAUAUCAAACAUGUCCCUGGAGGUGGCAAAGUGCAGAUCCUGAGUAAGAAGGUUGAUGUGAGCAAGGUGACCUCCAAAUUAGGCUCUAAGGACAACAUCAAAUACAAGCCAGGUGGUGGUGAUGUGAAGAUUGAGGCCCAUAAGCCAAACAUUAAGGCUAAGUCUAAGAUUGGAUCUCUGGAUAACGUUGGGCCCGGCAACGGACAGACUAACGGACACAAGGAGGAGAAAGCAGAGGAGAAGACAUCUUCCCCCCCAAGUGGCGCUCCAGCAACAGGACCAGCGGGCGUUGCCAAGGCAACAGCACCUGGAGGUGUUGCCAAGGAGAAUGGGGCGAAGGAGCCCACACCUUCUCCUUUCGGGGGAGAUGGACUGAGGGAGCCCCUAACCAUAGACAAGCGUAUCACUGAGACAAAGUUUGGUGGGACACGCAUGGCCCUCGCCGACCUGCCAAUCAACAGACCAACCAACCUACCACAGCGCAGUCACUUCCCUGUCGCCCCGCCCUUCAUCUCGCCCACCACAGCACCAAACUGA